AUGGGGAUUCAAGGAUUACUACCUUUCCUGAAGAAAAUUCAUUCCCCUGUCAAUGUCUCGAAGUUUGAAGGUUGCACAGUUGCUAUAGACGCCUACUGUUGGCUUCACAAGGGAGCAUUUGCAUGUGCUGACAAACUAGCCCUUGGAGAGAAAACGGAUGUAUAUGUGUAUUACUGUAUGAAGUACCUGGAAUACAUGUUAAAGAAGAAUGUCAAGCCUAUCAUGGUGUUUGAUGGGUGUCGCCUGCCUUCAAAAAGAGACGUGGAACAAUCACGAAGAGAAAAGCGUGAGAUGUACAGGAAAAAGGCAGCCCAGAUGUUGAGAGAAGGAAAGCGUGCCGAGGCUAGAGAAUGUUUACAGCGAUGUAUAGACAUCAGUCCCGAGAUGGCUUUGGAACUGAUGAAUACAUGUCGUGCCCGUGGGAUUGACUGUAUUGUGGCACCAUAUGAAGCAGAUGCCCAGCUGGCUUUCCUUUGUAAACAAGGCAUUGCACAAGCCAUUAUUACAGAGGACUCUGAUCUUCUUCUGUUUGGCUGUCAACGGGUCAUAUUCAAGAUGGACCAUUUUGGAAAUGGAGUAUUAAUUGAAAGUGAACGUUUGAAUGAAGUACUGGGGAUAUCUGAAGGUUACUACACAUUUGACAAGUUCCGAUACAUGUGUAUCCUGUCUGGUUGUGAUUACCUCCCUUCUCUACCCGGGAUAGGACUUGGCAAGGCUAGCAAAGUUUUUAAACUGGCUCGACAGACAGAUUUACAACUGUUGCUGAAGAAGUUCCCAUCAACAUACCUGAAGAUGUCUCUGGCUGUUCCCCAGGAAUACAUUGAUAACUUUAUCAAGGCUGACAAUACAUUUCUUUACCAGCUGGUGUUUAAUCCUCUGACAAGGGAGCUCAUACCCCUUAACCCAUACCCUCCUGAGAUCAACAAGGAUGAACUUCACUAUGCAGGACCUUACAUUCCUGCAAACAAGGCGCUGCAGAUAGCACUGGGAAACAUAAACAUCUACACAAUGCAACAGUUUGCCAACUUUAAUCCGGAUACUUAUGUGCCUCCCAAAGCAAACAGCAAGAAGAAUUCCUGUCACUUACAUCUGUUGUCUAUGUGGAAUAAACAGUACAGAGUCAGACCCCAGAUUUUGGACAAAGAGACACAGGAAGUUUCACGUCCAAAUUUACAAGGAAAAGAACAAACAUGUGCUUUCAAAUUUGAAAGGAAAAGCCCCAAUAAAAGACAAAGAUCUGUGGACGAGACCUGUGACAUCAAGUCUAAUACAGACUUGUCAGGGAGAUAUCUAUCACCUCUGAAGGACGAGUCCAUCAACAGAUGUCGGCCAGAAGACGUCCUGUCUACCUUAUCACCAUGCCGUAAACGAGCAAGACUGGACCUCACCACCAGGCCCACAGUCGACUCCGCGGUAUCAGAAUCUGAUGUAGAAGAUGAUGAGGAAGCUUUAACUUCUCCAAAGAAAGAGUCAUCUCGGAACAGAAUAAAUUUUAUGGCUUCCCUUAAGGAAGCUGACACUGAUAUGUCAGGUAAUAAGCUGGAGUCACCAGACAAAGACUCCAUAAAGGAAAACUGUAUGCUGUCUCCAAAAAGGAACAAGUUUGCAGUGCUGAUGGCCAAACGACCCAAGUUUGACAUCAACGCCAAAAAAGAAGUCAAAAGCAGGUAUUUUGUGUCUGACAGAGGCAACACGGGGACAACAAAUGAUAAGGAGGGCAAUGCCCCAAUAACCAUCUCCCAGCGGACGAAACAAAAUUCUCCAGUCUCAAAAACCAAAGUGAUGUCACCAGAACCAAAGGUCAAACUGACGUCCCCAAGUAAGAAAGCUAAGAAUGGAUCAAAAGGCCAGAUGAAGCCUUCUCCUGGAUCAGCGUUUACUUGGUCAAAGUUUAAGUUUUCUAAACAGACUGAAAAGCAAUCAUCAAAAGAAAACUCACAGUUUAAAGAGAUUGUCAGCAGACCACAAUUAAAAACCUCUUUAACCAAAUCGAUGUCAAGUUCAGAGCUUGUCUUGUCCAGUAGUGAUGAAGUUAUUAUUAAAGAUGUAUCUUCUAGUCAACCCAAUCCUAGUUGCCAUGGUUACAGUUCUCAGGAUUCCCAAGAUAUUACAGUCCAUGGAGACGGCCUACAGAGCAGCUAUGACAAUGUUUGCGGUAGUGUAGACUCUUACUGUAUGCCAGACAGCCAAACAUCAGUAGAUCUAACUGCAUCCCUUCCUUCUCUCACCUCAUCUACUUCCAACAGCAAUGUUGAAGAGGAUAUGAGCCAAACUUCAACGAUCUCUGCCUCAUUACGUGUAUCUCCAGGAUUCCCUAGACGCUCAAUAAGUGGUGUGAUGAAGGCAACUUGUCGAGUAUCUGGAUUGUCACGAGGUCAGAAAACAGCUAAGACAAACAAGGCUCCAGACACGAAGCAGCGCAGCAUCAAAGACCUUUUCUCCAAAUUCAGUCAUACUAAGUCAACUCCCAAAUUAAGUCACUCCGAAGCAGUAAUGAUCAAGGAUGAAGAGGUGCUUGUAACAACUCCAUCUACAGACAACAGGGUGCUAUCUACAUUGGGCGGUGUACAGAGGAAGCUCCUUGCCUGAACCAGACAAAUUACAUUAUGGACAA